ACUCUUUAUAAAUGUGUAAUAUAAUAAUAGCCGUUUCAUUGUUGUAAAUAACCAGCUCUAGGGGCAGGUCCAGGAACUCAUUAUUUUCCAAGCAGUGAGGGGUAUACACGACGUUUCGAGAUAUCCACAACCUGAUGUGCCAGUGUCUGUGAUUGUAAUUCGUAACAAAGUUGCAGGUACUGCUAACAGUACACUCUUAAUAAGAGGAAAAACUAAAUAUUAGAAGUUGAUGAAAGUCAAUAUGUAACUUUUUCCCAUGUGAAUUCGACUUACAGACCCCUUAGGGCGCACGGACCACAGGUUAAGGCCCCCUUGAAGGGGCACGAGUUUAGGAGAAGCUCCGUUGUGGGUUUUCAGUCCUGAAGGUGAGCCGCGGGGUAGGCACGCAUGGGCGCUCAGAAAAGGGAAGACAGAGGCGCCUCCCCGGCUGCGCCUGCGGAGGGAUGACCCACACUCCCCUCCCCUGACUUCUUUGGCCUGGUUUCACGCGACUAGAGGAAGUUAAAGACCCGUGUGACUGAAGAGGAGCUCACAGUUCCCAGCGUCUGCUCCCGCGGUGUCCAGCGCCCAGAAUGCAGCUUCUGGUCCUGCUAUGGGGUUGCCUGCUGCUCCCAGGUUAUGAAGCCUUGGAGGGCCCAAAGGAAAUCAGCGGGUUCGAAGGGGACACUGUGUCCCUGCAGUGCAUCUACAGGGAAGAGCUGAGGGACCACCGGAAGUACUGGUGCAGGAAGGGUGGGAUCCUGUUCGCUCGCUGCUCUGGCACCAUCUAUGCAGGAGAGGAAGGCCAGGAGACAACGGAGGGCAGGGUGUCCAUCCGUGACAGCCGCCAGGAGCUCUCGCUCAUUGUGACCCUGUGGAAUCUCACCCUGCAAGACGCUGGGAAGUACUGGUGUGGGGUCGAAAAACGGGGCCCCGAUGAGUCUUUACUGAUCUCUCUGUUCGUCUUUCCAGGACCCUGCUGUCCUCCCUCCCCUUCUCCCACCUUCCAGCCUCUGGCUACAACACGCCUGCAGCCCAAGGCAAAAGCUCAGCAAGCCCAGCCCCCAGGAUUGACUUCUCCUGGGCUCUACCCGGCCAUCACCACAGCCAAGCAGGGGAAGACAGGGGCUGAGGCCACUCCAUUCUCAGGGACGUCCCAGUAUGGGCACGAAAGGACUUCUCAGUACACAGGAACCUCUCCUCAGGCAGCGACCUCUCCUCCUGCAGGGAGCUCCCGCCCCCCCAUGCAGCUGGACUCCACAUCAGCAGAGGACGCCAGUCCAGCUCUCAGCAGUGGCAGCUCUAAGCCCAGGGUGUCCAUCCCAACGGUCCGCAUACUGGCCCCAGUCCUGGUGCUGCUGAGCCUUCUGUCAGCCGCAGGCCUGAUCGCCUUCGGCAGCCACCUGCUCCUGUGGAGAAAGGAAGCUCAACAGGCCACGGAGACACAGAGGAACGAGAAGGUCUGCCUCUCACACUUGACUACAGAGGAAAAGGAAGCCCCUUCCCAGGCCCCUGAGGGGGACGUGAUCUCGAUGCCUCCCCUCCACACAUCUGAGGAGGAGCUGGGCUUCUCGAAGUUUGUCUCAGUGUAGGGCAGGAGGCCCUCCUGGCCAGGCCAGCCGUGAAGCAGUGUGGCUGGCUGGAUCAGCACCGAUUCCCGAAAGCUUUCCACCUCAGCCUCACAGUCCAGCUGCCCGGACUCCAGGGCUCUCCCCACCCUCCCCAGGCUCUCCUCCUGCGUGUUCCAGCCUGACCUAGAAGCGUUUGUCAGCCCUGAAGCCCAGAGCGGUGGCCUUGCCCUUCCGGCUGGAGACUGGGACAUCCCUGAUAGGUUCACAUCCCUGGGCAGGGUACCAGGCUGCUGACCCUCAGCAGGGCCAGGCAAGGCUCAGUGGAUCUGGUCUGAGUUUCUAUCUGCCAGGAACUCUCCUGGGCCUCAUGCCCAGUGUCGGACCCUGCCUUCCUCCCGCUCCAGACCCCACCUUGUCCUCCCUCCCUGGCGUCCUCAGACUCAGUCCCACGGUCUCCUGCAUCAGCUGGUGAUGAAGAGGAGCAUGCUGGGGUGAGACUGGGAUUCCGGCUUCUCUUUGAGCCACCUGCAUCCCAGCCCUUCAGGAAGCCUGUGAAAAAUGUGAUUCCUGGGCCCCACCAAGACCCACCAAAACCAUCUCUGGGGCUUGGUGCAGGACUCUGAAUUUCUAACAAUGCCCAGUGACUGUUGCACUUGAGUUUGAGGGCCGGUGGGCCUGAUGAACGCGCAGACCCCUCCAGCUUGGAGUCUGCAUUUGGGCUGUGACGUCUCCCACCUACCCCCAUGAGAUCUGCUCUGUCCACGACACCACGACCCAGCUGGGGACUCCCCUGAGGCCUGCCUAAGUCCAGGCCUGGGUCAGGUCAGGUGCACAUUGCAGGGAUAAGCCCAGGACUGGCAGAGAGUGGUUGCCUUUCCAUUUGCCCUCCCUGGCCAUGCCUUCUUCCCUUUGGAAAAAUGAUGAAGAAAACCUUGGCUCCUUCCUUGUCUGGAAAGGGUUACUUGCCUAUGGGUUCUGGUGGCUAGAGAGAGGAGUAGAAAACCAGAGUGCACGUGGGUGUCUAACACGGAGGAGUGUAGGAACAGGGCAGAUACCUGAAGGUGACUCCGAGUCCAGCCCCCUGGAGAAGGGGUCGGAGGUGGGGGUAAAGUAGCACAACUACUAUUUUUUUCUUUUUCUAUUAUUAUUGUUUUUUAAGACAGAAUCUCACGCUGCCACCCAGGCUGGAGUGCAGUGGCACGAUCUGCAAACUCCGCCUCCUGGGUUCAAGCGAUUCUCCUGCCUCAGCCUCCCGAGUAGCUGGGAUUACAGGCACGCACCACUACACCUGGCCGAUUUUUGUAUUUUUAGUAGAGACGGGGUUUCACCAUGUUGGCCAGGCUGGUCCCGAACUCCUGACCUCAAAUGAUCCUCCUGCUUCCGUCUCCCAAAUUGCCGGGAUUACAGGCAUGAGCCACCGCGCCUAGCCCUAUUUCCUUUAAAAAGUGAAAUUAAGAGUUGUUCAGUAUGCAAAACUUGGAAAGAUGGAGGGGAAAAAGAAAAGGAAGAAAAAAUGUCGCCCAUAGUCUCACCAGAGACUAUCAUUAUUUCGUUUUGUUGUACUUCCUUCCACUCUUUUCUUCUCCACAUAAUUUGCCGGUGUUCUUUUUACAGAGCAAUUAUCUUGUAUAUACAACUUUGUAUCCUGCCUUUUCAACUUUAUCGUUCCAUCACUUUAUUCCAGCACUUCUCUGUGUUUUACAGAACUUUUUAUAAAUAAAAUGUUCAUCAGCUGCAUA